AACACAUGUAAGAUGCAUGUAAGCAGUAGAGCCCGUACCACUUCUAUGUACAUAUGUACAUAGUUAUUUAGAGUCUAAAUUUUAGACUCUAGAACACUGAGUGCUCCAUACAAUUGCUUUUUAGUGCUCAUUGCUCAGUAGUUACGGUAACUAAUAGUUACCUACCUGGCCAAAAAAAGAAAACGCGCCUGAGCGCAACUUUGAACUUUACCUAUGCUGCUUACGUCAAAAAAAAAAAGUCCAAGCGACACGCGAUCGCUUGCAUCGUCACUUUCUUGCGCCCGCCAUUUUAUCUAACCUGUUGUUCUUAGAAAAAGUACCAAUAUGAUGGAAAUCGAAGAGGAAGAUAUUCUGCGCUCCGUCGCAAAUGGCGGGCUUAUUGACUAUGCUGUUUGGCCAGUAUUAUUACCUCGAAUAGUAUCCCGCAUAGAAAAGAUAACACGCCAUGAAUUCCCUAUCCCGCGGCUAUCAUCCCCGAUGGUCCCCACUAUCCCGUCGUCUAUUCCUCCGAUAACUCGAACCGACACGGAGCCGACGGAGAGCUUUUUAUCUCCCUUGCCCUCGUCACCUAUAGAACCAGAAAGCUCAAUAUCUUCGUCUUCGCAAGACACUAACAAAGAAAAUGCACCUAUCACGUCGCAGAUGAACCUACCCCCUACCUCUACGCCGACCUCCUUUGCUGCAACAGCCCUUCCGCCUGGCACCUUACCGCCACAAAUUACUUCUAUGCUCGCCGAGAUCACGUCUACUUUGAUAUCUAUAUUCCCCAAGUACCCGCCGCAUACAUUGCAACGCUUAUCCGAGCUUGUCCUAGCACCAAAGCAGCAUUACCGGACUCUACCUCCAUAUCUGCAUGCUUUAGACAGAGUUGUGCAUGUUACUUCUGGCCUCAACACAUACCCCUUGCCUCCGGCAGUACCAGAUGUACAGGCCGCCUCGCUACUCUCCAAUGGAAUCUCAGAUGCCUUGGCUGCGCCUUCGCCUUGGGCUACGCCAGGAAGUGAUGAGGCCCUCGGCGGAGCCCUCCUAACUCCCAUUCCCUGGCUCCAACCUAACCACCAUGGAAUUGGUGGACCUUCACAAUCAUCACUUGGAACGCCGGGGCGUGGAAGCCCGAAUGGUGGUGGCAGCAGCGGUAACAGCGGAGCUCAAAAUAACGGGGCCAUCAGCGCAGGAAUGGGUAGCGACCUCGAGGGCGAAGUGCGUACCGAAAGCACCGAGACUAUUGACGGUCCUAACGGUGUGGGUAGUAUCGAGACGGUAUCGGUAUCGGUCAACGGCAUCCCCUCGAUGGGCGCACGGGGGAUAGGAGUGACACAAGGUGAACUUCUUAGGCAGGAGCAGCGUGCUGGCGUUGUCCCCGUUAGCCAGCUCGUGCCAAGCCACCAUGUACACAGCGCCAACCCGCACGCCCAAGUCCAUCGACGAGCUUCCGCGUCUGCCUCUAGCUCAGAAUCGCCCCCUACUUCGGCGGCAGCGGCUUCGGCGACACCGCCAUCUUCUUCACCCGAGUUGGAGAGGAAGUCCCACUCCCCUCCGUCCGCCGCAGAUAUUGCUGCGAGCCAUGCCAAUGCUCACGCAAACACGACAGCAGCAACACCGGUGGACGCAGAUGCCCCCGUAGGCUCGGUAACCGGUACCGACGAAGAGAUGCCGCACGCUCGUGGGCCUGAGGAGAUCGGCCCCGAGGACAUGGGCCCACAACCUAGCGGCGGUGGCCCGAGUAACACCGGCACAUCUACCGGCCCCAACGGCUAUGAGAUGCAGGGCAUCGAUGUUGAGGCGGCUGUCGGCAGGAAGGCAGCAGGGGGUCGCGGAAGCAGUAAAAGCCCUCCGAAGCCGGACGCCGAAUCCGGCGACAAGAUGGAUAUCGAGCCCGGAUCUGAACGACCCUCGGAACGCGGGUCUACCCCGAAGCGCGAAGCGGCAGACGACCUGGGGGCCGAGGGCGCAAGCAAGAAACGCAAGGAAGAUUCGGGCGCUGCGUCGACAACAGGAGCUGAGGGGAUGGACGUGGACGCGUCCGCGGAAGGCGAAGGCGAAGGAAAGGAGCAAUAGCAACCAACAAAGACCUCGAACCUUGCGGAAGACGGUUGGGUUGGGUCGGUCGAGAUGAGAUGGAAGGAGGAGUAAAGGGCGAGGAGGGUGGGUGUGGAGCCAAUUCGAGGAACAAAGAGAAGAAAUCUGAUAUGAAUCAAGAGGAUCUUCUAGCUUGCAUCGACUCCUUCCGGAGCAACGGCACGGGUGGAUUUGCGUAUACAUAUACAACCCAUUCUCAUCCCUAUCCCUUCGUAAUCACAAUGGGUCCGUGAUUCUCUGUAUUUGAUAUACACAGGCUACCAAAAAUACAAGCAGACAGGAAGGCAGGAAGGCAGACAGGCAGACAGACAGACAAAACACAUGGGAGACAAGAGAGGACAGAAAGAGGGAGUUUUUUUCUUUUCUUCUUCUACCUAUCUUGAGAAUGCGGAAGGGUUUUAUCCUUUUACUCCUUACUGUACGGUGUUGUGUUAUGUUAAUAGGAUAGUUGGUAUGAAUGACUAUGUAUGGCAUUAUGACCAAACAGUUCUCCUUUUUUCCACUUUUCCUUCUCUCUGACUUAAACUUACAUAGCUAGCUACCUACCUAGGUAGCCUAGGUAUGUGGUUGCCGGUUGGUCUAUUAGGCAAGUAGGCGUUAAACGGUCGUAUAUCACGUACGAAGAAGCAUCGUGUAUAUCUGGG